AUGAUUGUAGUCGAAUCAUUCAUAUUAGAUCAUAUAAUUAUGUUAUUAUCAUUUUACUUUACCUAUUUUGAAUUUUUUUGCAAUUUUUACCCUAUGUCAAAAGUUAUCCGUAAGUUUAGGCAACAGAAGAAGAAGAAAAGAUCGAAUAGAGUUAAAAUAAAGCCAAGGUAUCCAGCAGUAGGAGUAGACAGGGAGAUGAAAUUGAUUAAUCUGAAACACCAGAAGGGAAAGGGAGCGCCUCUUGCUAUUGUAAUGAUAGAGGGUAAAAAGCACUACAUCUGUGCAACAGAGGGAGUAGCUGUUGGAGGAGUGUACAUUCUCGGAACUGAGGGAACAAUAAAGAACGGAAACGUUUUGCAGCUUAAACACAUUCCAGAAGGUUCAGCAGUGCAUUCGGUAGAACACGAGUUGAAUGACGGUGGCCACUAUGCAAUGGAAGCAGGCGCAUAUUGUUCAGUGGAAAACCACAGAAAGGAGAAUGACCAGACAGUGUUGAAGCUACCUUCUGGUGACAAAAAAGUCUUUUCAUCGAAUUUGAGGGCAAUAGUAGGAAUUGUAGCUGGUGCAGGAAUUAAGGAGAAACCGCUAUUGAAAGCAUCUAUCCAAAGGAAACUGAAGAAGUCAAGAAACCAGAAGUUCCCAAAGGUGAGAGGUGUUGCAAUGAACCCAGUGGAUCACGGACACGGUGGUGGAAACCACCAGCACAUUGGAUUCCCAUCUACAGUCUCAAAGAGGGCACCUUUUGCACAACAGGUUGGUUUGAUUGGAGCUCGUUCUACUGGACGAAGAACUGGUGCUAAGGGAAAGGCUAGGUAA